UCCCCCAGCUCCCGCCCCCCCCCAAAAAAGUUGAGUAGCAGCUGCAGGGUUGGAAGUGGAGUCGGUGCAUCCGGAGCUGCAGUGGGGCAGAGAGGGAGCGAGCGAACUGCGGCAGCUGCGGCGCGCACCGAGGCUGUCUGCGCGGCCCACCGUUGAGAGGGUUCCACCUUGGGGUGUUUGGAGACAUGGCUUCUUCCAAAGCGAAGGAGGUUUUCUCCUCGGACGAAGAGGGUCCUGCGGCACCACCAGCGGAGGUCGCGGACUUGGGCUCGGAGGAUCGCAGGGUCAAAGUGUCUAGCCUACCCUUCAGUGUGGAGGCGCUUAUGUCGGACAAGAAGCCUCCUAAAGAGAUGUCUUCCCUGUCCGGGGGAGGUGGAGGCAUCGGCGGCGGCGGUGGGAGCAGCGAAGGCACAUCCAGGACCAUGCUGCUGCCGGGGCACGGCGCCAGGGAAGCUCACAGCCCCGGGCUGCUUACAAAAACCUUUGAGACGUCCUCGGUCAAGUCGGAGAACUCGGAGGACGGGACGUCCUGGAUUCAGGAGGCUGGCAGAUAUUCCCCACCACCAAGACACUUGAGUCCUACAACCUGUACCCUUCGGAAACACAAGACAAAUCGGAAGCCCAGGACUCCCUUCACCACCUCCCAACUUCUGGCCCUAGAACGCAAAUUCCGCCAGAAACAGUACCUCUCCAUCGCUGAACGAGCUGAGUUUUCCAGCUCCCUGAACCUCACAGAGACACAGGUCAAAAUCUGGUUCCAGAACCGCAGGGCCAAGGCCAAGAGACUGCAGGAAGCAGAACUGGAAAAGCUGAAAAUGGCAGCCAAACCUAUGCUACCCUCCGGCUUCAGCCUCCCUUUCCCCAUCAACUCUCCCCUCCAAGCGGCUUCCUUAUAUGGAACAUCUUAUCCUUUUCACAGACCUGUGCUCCCCAUCCCACCUGUGGGACUCUAUGCUACUCCUGUUGGGUAUAGCAUGUAUCAUUUAUCUUAAGGAAGAUUUCCCAGCAAAGGAAUAGUUAAAUAGACUUCAUGAUGGAUGUUUGUUUAAUUUUUUUUUCUUUCCUCAUCCAAGAGUACAGUACCAAACCAGUCCUGGAUCACUUUUCCCUUUUGCUGCAUAUUUAAGAGCACCAUGCCAACCACAUAGGUGUUCACAGAACAAAGCAGAUAUCUUCUUGUUCUUUAAUCUGGGACACCAACCCUUUUUGUCAGUGUCACCUGAUGACAUCCCCUCUUUUUUUCACAAAGACUGAUCCUCAAGGCUUUUUAUAUAUAAAUAUAUAUAAUAAAGUAUAAUACAUUUUUAUACUACAGAUGUGAAAAGUUAAAGUAUUUUGAAAGGAAAAAUCAUAUAUGCAUAAAUAUGUAUAUAUUCAAUAUAUCAUUUUCCUGAAGGAGGUCUUCAACAAGAUAAUUUGGGCAUUUUUUGAGGGGGGGGGGGAAAGGGAUUUUUUAAAAGGAUAAGAUACUUCUAAAAGACAUCUUGUCAGAUAUAAUUUGGGAAGGUUUGAAAAGUAUGGCAGAGUAUAUUUUUAUAAUAGCUCUUAUUUCUGAAGUGCUUCAUGAUUUACAAAGUGUUUUCCUCAUGUCACAGUAAUCCUGUGAGAUAGGUGGUAAAAGUAUUAGUAUACUCAUUAGAGGUUCAGAGAGGAGAAAUGAUUUGCCCAAGGUCAUAUAGCUAGCUAGUAAGUGACAGAGUUAGGAUUAGAAGCAGAUUUCCAGGCUGGGGUCCUGUGCUAUUUUCCAAUAUACCUGGCUGCCUCUGAGACAAUAUAGAUAGAAAAUAGAUGUGGAUAGAUUCUUUUAAAGGGCAAAAUGUUCAUCAUUUCCUCACAUUACAUAAACAAAGGGAAAAAAAACCAACUCAUGUGAUGGCUUUUUUCUAUGAAGUCCUCCUGUCUUCUCCCCUCCCCCCCAAACCAUUGGACAUUAGAAGUGCUGUCCACAUGAUUUCGAGAGAUUGAAAGUCAUGAGGAAAAUUUGGGGCUUUGAAGUAGGAAUCAGGUACUUUAUAAUUUCUCCUCAAAUAACUAAAUACUGGAUGAGGCUGGAUUUGGAAAGUCUUAGUGUAUAAGAAGGGAGAAAAAGGGUUUUGGUAAAGUGAUCUUUAGGGAAAGGCUUAACCAAAGCACAAGUGAUUUAAAACAAAACAAGCAAGCAAGCAAACUUUAAUUGUAGACAUUUGUGUUUUUAAAAUAUCUUGUAACCAAUUCCUGUAUAUUUAAGUAUGCUUGAACAUUAAUAGAUCCUAAAAGGGGAGGAAAAAGACAGGAAUCAGAUGAUUUUUAUUGUGUAUGUAUAUCUGUGUGCCGAUCUUAAUAGGAAAGUUACUAGAGAGAAGGCAUAUCAGAAGGUAGAACAUAUUGACAUUGUUUGGUUUGGUGUGUGCAUAUGGGAAACCCACCAGAAAAUUCGGUUCUGCUGAAAAAUAACUCAGUCAACCUGACCCCUUUCAGUUCACUCAUCCCAGGUCCCUCUCCUAGGAUAUUCCUGUCCCUUUGAAAGGGAUGGCUUGUACAAUUUUAUAUAUUUUAUUGGAGAGUUACUAUUUCUUAUCUCUUUUAUUUGGAAUUAAAUUAAAAUCUUGUUUUAUUGUC